AUGGAUGCAAAGCCAAUUUCUACACCAGUUUCCAGUGGGCAAAAAUUGAGUGCUUAUGUUGGUGAACCGCAUACUGAUCUUGAGACCUACAGAAGCAUUGUGGGCGCCUUGCAGUAUCUAACAAUCACUUGCCUAGAUUUAUCUUAUGUUGUAAACCAAGUUUGCCAAUUUAUGCAUUCUCCGAAGUCUCCUCAUUGGCUAGCAGUCAAGCGCAUCCUGCGUUAUCUUAAAUCCUCUUAUGAUUAUGGUAUUGUUCACAAGCCCGGCAGUUUGCAAGUUAAUGCUUUCUCGGAUGCAGACUAUGCCGGUGAUCCGGAUUCUCGACACUCAACCAGUGGAUAUUGA